UCACCAGGUUGCAAUGGCAACUGAUUGGUUGCAACGUCAAUAAUAACUUUGUUACGUUCAGAAGAGUUGCAGUUUUAUUUGACACAGGCUGCCUGAAUUGAUUAGAGGUAUCACCUCUAAUGUGAGCAACAAAUUUACCAUUUCCAGGUGGAAAAUGUCCCGGGGACGUAUAAUUUCUGUGGAAGAGAUUCAGUCUUGGUGGGAACUCCCGGCCAUAGCCCACUUCUGCUCACUUUUCAGGACUGCAUUCAAUCUUCCAGACUUUGAAAUUGAGGAGCUGGAGGAGGCGCUGCUGAAGCAGGACCGUGACUUCCUGGCCAAGCUGGUCUCCUCCCUGCUACAGGGAUGCUACCAGCGCUCUGACAUCACGCCACAGGCCUUCAGCACUUACCUCGAUGACAUCAUCAGCUACCGUUGGGAGCUCGAGGAGGGCAAGCUGAACCCAUUGAGACAAGCCCCCUUUGAGGCCUUACCCCCCCGGACGCAGGUGGACCUCCUACACCAGCUCUGUGACUACCGCCUAGAUGCCCCCGAUGUCUUUGACCUGCUCAAGGGCCUGGAUGCCGACAGUUUGCGUCUGGAGCCAUUGGGGCAAGAUGGAAAUGGUGCCCUCUACUGGUACUUCUAUGGCACACGCAUGUACAAGGAGGAGCCAGUAAUUGUGAAGCCAAGUGAAGUCCCUGAGGUGAGAUUGACAGAGAAGAGAAAAAGGGGAAGGCCACCGAAGAAGAGGAGGAAGAGGCUGGCAGAGAUGGAGCACAGUGUGCUGAACUCAGCACAAGUGAACGAGGUUCAGGGUGUCCAGCCAGGUGUUGAGCGGGAGCGAGGUACCUGGUCCUUGGUGUGUGACACGGAGGAGCAGUGGGUCAGGCUGGCCGAACGCCUCAAAGACGAGCUCUCGCCCCAGGAUCGGCAGCUGUACCGGAUCAUCAGCCAGAACUUCCUCCCCAAGAUCGGCAGCAUGAUCGAGCACAGAGAAAAGGAACAGAAGGAGAAGCUCCUGGACCCUGACCCCUUACACGACCCACGCCACGUCUCCGUCGAGCACAUCGCUAACGGGGAGGCAGCCGAAGCUGUGGUGCGGGAGGAGUGUCUGACGAAGGUGGAGGAGAAGGAGGAGGAGGAGGAGGAGAGGGAGGAACUGGCUGCGCUGCACUGGGAAGAGCAGAAGCACAAGGACCAGGAACGGCUCCAUGCUGUGGAGGCGCGAGCACAUCGACGGCGGCAGCGUGAAGAGAAGGUCUGGCUGCUCUCCCAGGGGAAGAAGCUGCCGCCCGAUUCCCCGCACCUGGAGCCUCGCUGCGCCGCCCGCUGGGUCCACCGGACCAAGGCUUUCUUUGAAAUCGAUGACGAUUACACCGCUUUGUACAAAGUGCUGGAGACCAUCAAGGCACACAAAGACUCAUGGCCUUUCCUGGAGCCAGUGGACGAGUCCUUUGCUCCCCACUAUCACGAGAUCAUCCAGGUGAGCGGAAGACCGGGACGGAAGGUGAGCAGAGAUGGUUUAAGGUUGAGGAUGUUGUUUGUCUUCCCCUCAUCUAUCACGGCACAUGGGUAUUUUUUCGUUCGCAAGACGCCAAUGGACCUGUCCACCAUCGAGAAGAAGCUGAACGAUGGGGAGUACGUGGCCAAGGAGGAGUUCGUGUCUGACGUCCGGCUCAUAUUCGAGAACUGCCAGGAAUACAACGGCGAGGACAGCGAGUACACGGCCAUGGCGCGCUCCCUGCGGCACUGCUUCUGCAAGGCCCUGCUCAAGCAUUUCCCCGGGGACGACUGCGACACGGACGACGACUUCCACACCGCCGUCAAGGACCGCGAGUACAAGGACCACCGGCGGGGACGAGGCGCCAGGUCCCGCGGGGCCCUGGACCGCCUCGCACGGGCCUCUGGGCCGGCCCGGCGCCGACACGGGCCUCUGGGUGGGAAGGGCAGCAGGGCGCCCCCAGUGGAGGAGGACAGACACAGACCCUCUUCGCAGCGUACCGACACACCCCCAUGUCCACAUGACUCUUCUCCCACGCCCCCUCCGGGACAUGACCCCACCCCCAGGGUCUGCCAGACAACUGACCAGCAGCAGUCUGGCUCCCAGGAGAUGCCUCGGCCGACGGCUGCAGACCCCCCACUAGAGCUCCCUGAACAGAGGACCCCAGAAUCCUGCUCUUGGGCCCCUAAUUCUCAGCCUCCAGGCUCCAGCAUGCAGCGCCCCCUAGGGGAGGACCAUCACCUUGAGCCUCAUUUCCUAAUGGGCCCCGUGGCCCGGCACUUUAAACCCAGGCAGCAGCCCCACACAGGGCCCCUCCAUGGUCCGUCCUUGGGCCCAAGGCCUCAGCCUUUGCAGUGUGGGGGUCUAUGUGCCCCCCCACCAGAGGGCAGCACAUACCCCUCCCGCCUCCUGCCCAAGGGGCACAUGGGGCAUCCCUGGGGGGACAGACCCCAAGCCCCAGGAUUGGGGCCGCCGUACCAGUCCUAUGGUUGCUUCUAUCCUCCUGGGAAAGGUUUGGUCGCCUCGUGGACCUCGACGAACGGCCAAAGGUCAGCCGGACCUGCCGUGCAGGAUCGUGCUGUCAGGAAUCCCCCGACCCAAUGCCCCUUUGACCCUGAUGUGGCCAGACAUCCUAUGCCCCUCAGAACCUGGUCAGAACUGCCCCCGGGGUAUGGGGCGCCCCCUGCUGUCAGCUCCCUGCACCCCACCCCCGACCAGCCCCCCAUACAUCCUCCACCUCUGGGCGGCCCAGAAGCCCUUGUCCUCCAGCAGCUGUGCUCAUCCUCCAGACGCCCAGAUGGCAUCUCCUGCCCACCGCCCCCCCGGGACGGCAGCGGUCUCCAGCAGCCUCCGGCUCCUACCCCUCUCCCGCAGUUGAAUUCUCCUGAAAGCUCGCUGCUGCGGUCCAGCGGGGAGCCGGGCAGACAUGGGCACUCUGCCCACCGGCUGGCUGCACCCCCCCAAAAUGAGCCAAACCAUCCAAACGGAGGCGUGCAGACCCCCCCGGGCCCAGAUCCAAGGAGGCGGACCGAUGGUGGAGGGAGGGGCUUGAAAAUACACGGCUGGGAGCGGGGGUGCACCCUGCAGCCCGUCUGUCGCGUACUGCAGGGGGCGCCUCUGCACGUCUCUCCGCAGGCUGCCGUCUCGUCGCUGCCAGCCGGCUGUCCCGCCCCCCAGCCCCCGGUGUGGCCCAACCCGGCCAGACAUGCGAGCCAGAGGCCUGAAGAGUCCGCAAGCCGCUGCCUCCUCCCCAUCGCCGGUGCUGUGAAACCCGCGCAGCUAAACACACCGACCGGCACUCAGCACAAGCAGGCGCUCUUCAACCCCGAGAUGCAGACGUUACUGGGUAGCCAUGGCAACCAGUUCCACAAUGGACUGGUGCCUUCUGCUAAUCCAGUUAUGCCUCACCACUCCCAGGGGCGGGACAGGGAGACCGUGUAUCCGUUUAACCUGGGCAGGCCCACGGACGGACACUAUAGUCGGCCAAUGGGAAGACUAUCUCCCUCCAAUCAGCAGCCCUUUCCCUGUCAAGCACCGCCUCAAAGCAUGAACCCCCAACAGAGACCUGCUCACUAUGCCCAUUACCACCAGCAAAGGGAGCCCUACCCCUACCAAAUGGGCCAAAGCAGCCCCACUAUAUUCCCUGCGUACCAGCUGCCGGGAUACGGCCUGCAGCCUCUGCGAUCCCGCGGCGCUGGCGGCUUUGCCACGGGCGAGUGGCCUGGAUCGUCGCCCCAGACCUGCCUCCCGGUAUCUUCCGGGACGUACGUACCUGUUUCCGGCACGUCCCCGCGGGCCGUGGAGGGCUCCGACGCGAGUCUGCUGUCGCCCAGCUCCCUGCCAGAACUCCCGCGAUGCAGCCCGGUCAGGCCGGCCUUGGUGGAGGGGGCGCUGGAUCGGCCCGGGAGUCCAAAGGACAUACUGGACCUGGACAGUCACACCUCAGCAAUAUGUCGUCUCGCCUCCCAACCCCCCCAUGCUGCUGGCUACAAAUACACCCAGUGCACCGCUCCCCCCCACCCGAUGUCACCCCCCCGUUUCUGUGCUCCUCAGCGCCCCCCCCCCAGUCUGCCAGACGCCCUUCGCUGGCCCCAGUGUCUGCCUUUCGCCCCCGAACAACCUGCCAUGCCCUUUUUCAGAGCCCCCCAGUCCAGGGACCAUUUCAAGGGUGUAAUGGUCCAACAGAGGGUUCCGGUGCCUGAGCACUAUGUCCAUCUUGGGUGAGCGCUGGGUCAGUCCGUGUAUUUCUAAAUGCAGAGGACCAGUCGUGAUCAGGCCCAGUCAGAGGCAUUAAGACGCUCAUUGUGUGAACAUCUCAGGCGGACGGACGUGUCACAUCAGAUCUUAUGAGAGAUUUCAGUUGAAAAUUGCUGGCUGACCAAGAAGCAUCCCAUGUGAAGAAGAGAAAUUAUGUUUCUGCUUUGUACAUCUCCGAAUAAAUUGUCAUAUUCCUAAAAAAUGUCUUUGACCAGAAAAUAUGUAAUGUUUUAUAUAUGUUUUUAUACAUUAAGAAAUUCAGUAAAAAUCACAAAAAACACACAAACAAAUGAGAGUGUCUUAAUGGGUGUUUCUUAACUGUUAACUGCAAUUAGAGAGGUGUUCUCCACAGCCGAUGUGAUCCCUUGGUUGUGUACCUCACCAUCUGCCCUUGGAAGACGAAGAUCGUCUCCCUGUUGGAGAAGCUUCACAUCAGACCUGCCUUGUGCAGCUGCCGCAUGCCUACAGUUCAGAGUUGGCCUGCACAUCUGGAGGACCUGCAGCUGCACAGAUGUGUGUCUGCGCAUGCCGUAAACCCACCCAAGCUUCUGCAGUCCUGAGUGAUGGAUUUCCACUUCAUAUGAGAGUACAGCAAAAUGUCGUGGUGCUACUCUGUUGGAAGAGUCAGUUGACCUUCUGUAUCGAUUUGUUCAACCUGUCCCUCGUUCUUAUGACUCCUGCAUAUCUCUGCGUUUUGUUUUGCCUGAGGCAGACCACGGUCUCAGCCCUGGCUCCAUCUCCUGUGGUUUUUCUUUGACCUUGACACAAGAACUUUUAUUUCUUGCCGAAUGAGUCCCUUAAUGUGCCAGCGGACUUUCACUUCAUGUUUGUUCCCUUCCCCCCACCCUGUCUGUCCUUUAUUGAAAAGGGAACUGAAUACAAUGAUAAACCUUUUGUCUCCUGCACACUUCCUGUGACGUGGCCCUUUGGGUCAGCAGUCAGGCACUGUGCGUACGGCCGUCUUUAGGAACAAAAGUUACAGAAAUGAUACUUGCUGAAUGUUGUAAAUAAUUGCAGAGGUAAAAAAUAAUUGAUUCCUGUAUGAAAGCACAGAAGUUUAUUGGGGGGCCUGUUCAUUUAGACUCUUGGUGCAUUUCCUGCCUAAGCACCCUGGUGUCUCAUGUAUCCAUCAGCAGCACCUCUGCAUCUCCUGAAGCCCGCCGGUUCUCCCCGUGCCGGUUCUCCACGCGCCGGUUCUCUCUGUGCCGGUUCUCCCAGUGUGCUGCCUUUGGAUCUUCAUGGCUGAUAUUUCAUCCUUCGUUCUCCCCUCGGGAUCACAUGGAUUCAGACACAAUGUCAUACCACGGACAUGUCCUGCUAACGUAGCGUGUUGUCUUUUUAUUUUUCCUUUUUUAAUUAAAAAAAAAAAAAAAC